CUUGAAACGUCUUCGUAGCACGCGUCCACUAUAUAGAGAGCGAGUGGUCGAGGUCGAGCUUUUAGAACGAGUUCUUGUGGUCGAUCUUAUAGCUUUCGCCAAUGGCAGCAGCAGCGACCGCCAGUUUGACGAAGGAGGUGUUGCCUCCGACCCUCGACCCGACAUCGGAACCACCGGAACUCUUCGAUGGCACCACCAGGUUGUAUAUCUCUUACAUAUGCCCAUAUGCGCAGCGCACCUGGAUCACUAGGAAUUAUAAGGGAUUGCAGGAAAAGAUCAAAUUGGUUCCUAUUGAUCUGGAUAACAAGCCAGCCUGGUAUAAGGAGGUUUAUCCCGCAAAUAAGGUACCAUCUCUGGAGCAUAAUAAUGAGGUGAAAGGAGAGAGUCUUGAUCUGAUAAAGUACAUCAACAAAAAUUUUGAAGGGCCAGAGUUACUGCCUGAUGAUCCUGCAAAGCAGCAAUUUGCAGAGGAGCUAUUUUCUUAUACUGAUUCUUUCAACAAGGUUAUGUACACUGCAAUGACUUCCAAGGGAGAUGUCGGUGAUUAUGUUGGUGCUGCCCUCGACAAGUUGGAGGAUGCCCUUUUGAAAUUUGAUGAUGGACCAUUUUUCCUCGGCCAUUUUAGUUUGGUUGACAUAGCAUAUGCUCCAUUUAUUGAAAGACUCCAGACUUUCUUGAAGGAGGUGAAGAACUAUGACAUCACUGAAGGCAGGCCUAAACUAAUAUUGUGGAUUGAGGAAUUGGGCAAGAUUGACGCCUACACACAUACCAAGCAGGAUCCUCAAGUGCUGUUGGCCAGGACUAAGAAGCGCUUGGGGAUUGAGUGAAGAGUCCUCGAUGCUCUUUUGUUUUACAGGUGGCUCGAAUCUGAUAUAGAAUAUAAGAUAUACUGGGAGCUUUUUCUGAGAGAUUAAUCUUUGCUUCAGAGUUGGAAACAGAAGUAGAAGACAACCUUGGCCAUUUCUGCAGCUAAAGUCAUCUAUCCUGCCUUUAUACUGUUAGCAACACAUAAUAAAUAGUUUGUGUAAGUGAUGAUGUCUGCCGUGUGUAGUGAACUGUUUGUUUAGUAAUAGUAAGGUUUAUACUUUAAUGUCCUUUUGAGUUGGAGGGUAACUACUAAAGUGAACUUUAGAAGUAAUAUUAUAGAAAAUGCACUUACAGUUCCAAUUAUAAGACAAAUUUCAAGGGUAUUAGUGCUGAUUUCUAGUUGGAAAUUAUUGAGAAGGGAUCAAAGGCUGCCUUUUUUUA